CAGCAAUCAGUAGCCCACGAGCAGUCUAACAGAAGUGCACGAUGAGAUUUCUGAUUGUAGCCACCGCCGUCCUCGCCUGCGCAGCAGCAGCACCAUCCUAUGGCUAUGCCGGACUUGGCCAUGGCGGUCUCGCCCUCGGCCACGGUGGUCUGGGCUAUGGCGCGGGUUUGGCUGUCGCCGCCCCGUUAGCCGUCGGCCACGCCGUCGCCCCCACCAUCCCCCCCGGUGACAUCCAGGGCGCCGCCAUCGACGCUCACGUCACCGUUUCCGACCACGCCCGCGCUUCAGUCGACGCUGCCCGCGAAUGGCACGACCAGGCUUCGGAAGUCCAGGGUCAGGCCGUCAACGCUGCUGAAGACCACGCAUGGCAAUCCGUCAACGCCGCCCAGACCGCUCAAGCCCAGAUCGACGGUGCCGCCGCUGGAGUCGCUCCCGUGGUAGCUCGUCAAUUGGCCGGACAUGGCGCGUACGCCGGUCUGGCCGCUGGUCACGGUCUGGCCGCCGGUUACGGCGCUGGUCUCGCCGCUGGUCACGGUAUCGCCGCCGGUUACGGCGCUGGUCUGGCCGCUGGUCACGGCGUCGCCGGAUACGGAGCCUACGCCGCCCCCGGCCUCAUCGCCGGAGGUUCCCACUCAGUAGCCACCUCAUCCCUAUCUCAGACCCACCCAGCCCCCAUCGUCCACGCUCCCGUCGCGUACGCCUCACAUGGAGCCUACGGCGGUCAUGGACUCGCGCACGGAUGGUAAAUACUGUGAUAGGAAUAGGCCAAAAAAUCUCUUUGUAAUACUCAAUCUCUAUAAUAAAUAAGUAAUUGUUCGGAAUGUAACUUAUAUUGUGAAUAAAGAUAAAAAAAAUGUACAGAUGCAAUAGAGGCGAGGAUGUGUGUGAAUAAACGGACGUAACUUAUAAAUCUA